AUGCCACGACAACACAAAGUCGAUCCAGGUGAUGACUCCUACAUCUGCGAUACCGAUGGCUAUGCGCUACAGGCGGGCUGCUACUACCACAUCCAAUUACCCGACGGCCGCACCCUGGCCAUGAUGCCACCUAAUGAUUCGGAUUACAGCUAUCUGGGCAAUGUGGCCUUCGGAGUCUCCCGCGCCGCAUGCUUCUAUUUCACCGAAGACAGCGUAAGCCCUUGGCAAGACCGAUCUGUGAAAUUCCUCAUCAAAAAGGAACCCACGGACUCCAAUGAACAUUCUUUAUACUUGGCCGAUGACGUCGUUUGGGAUGUGCCUCACUUGGCCAGCCCUCUCUAUGCCAAUCGCACGUCCGGUCGCACUGUACUUUGGUUUCCGGAUUAUGCGGGAACUUUGAAGGUGGGCGAUAAGCCUUUCUUGGUUGACCAGUUCGGUGACGAGUACUAUGCUUUGAUGCCGAACGGAACGAAGCGUCCUCAGGAGGAUUGGUGGAAAGCGCGUCCGGAUGAUAUUGAGUUGCAGUUUGUGUAUAAACAAGAUGUUUAA